AUGGAUCGCCGCCACAGGGUGUAUCGUGUGUUUCACCAGGAGAUGUUUGUGGAGCCCAACUUCAAGGUCGUGAAAGAGUUGGGCCAAGGAGCAUAUGGAAUUGUCUGUGCCGCUAAGAACAUGGCUAGUAAGGAGCAGGAAGGUGUUGCCAUUAAAAAGAUCACAAACAUAUUCUCAAAACCGAUUCUUACAAAGCGUGCCUUGCGCGAAAUUAAACUUUUGAUUCAUCUUCGGAAUCACAGGAAUAUGGAAGCAGAUUUAAAUGCCAUUAUUAAGUCCGGACAGCCGCUUACUGACGCUCAUUUCCAAUCCUUUAUAUACCAGAUUCUGUGCGGUUUGAAAUACAUUCACUCGGCCAACGUUAUUCAUCGUGACUUAAAGCCAGGCAACUUGCUUGUGAAUGCAGACUGUGAACUUAAAAUCUGUGACUUUGGCCUUGCGCGAGGCUUUAGUGAUAAUCCCGACGAAAACGCUGGUUUUAUGACGGAGUAUGUGGCCACUCGUUGGUAUCGUGCUCCGGAAAUUAUGUUGUCGUUCAGUAGUUACCAUAAGGGUAUUGACGUUUGGAGCGUUGGAUGUAUUCUGGCAGAGUUGCUUGGAGGCCGGCCCUUUUUCAAAGGCAAGGAUUAUGUGCAUCAGUUAAACCUGAUUCUACAUUAUCUUGGUACGCCAGAUGAAGAGACGCUUUCACGCAUUAGCAGCGAGCGUGCCUACAAUUACAUUCGCAGUUUCCCUCCCAAAAAACCGAUCCCCUUCGAAACGAUCUUCCCCUACGCGAAUCCGUUGGCACUUGAUCUUCUGUCGAGGAUGUUAACAUUUGAUCCCGCAAAACGUAUUUCUGUGACGGAAGCUCUAGAGCACCCAUACUUGGCUGUUUGGCAUGAUCCGGCUGAUGAGCCUGAGUGUCCGAUUCCUUUUGAUUUCAGUUUUGAAGCUAUCAACGAUAUGAACGAGCUACGUGACCUUAUACAACGCGAGGUACUCGCUUUCCGUCGCAAUGUUCGUCGUUCUCCCAAUCCGUCGCUCCCACAUUUGCAUCCCAUUCAGAUCAACAGUCAACUUUCAUCCCGUGCCUCAGCUAUGCAUUCACAACAUUCCGGUCAUGUAUCUAACCAUCUUCGAAGCAGCAUGCCCACAUCGAAUACCCAAAACGAAUCUAAUGACUUGUCUCCUCGUCCUCAUUCUCCUAGGUUGGAUGCGAACGAUCUCGAGGCAGAACUGUCCAAGUACUAA